AUGGACAGAGACAGCGAUAGCCAGACCCCGUCGGGUCCGAGCCAACCUAGUACUCACAAUACCCCCCAAGGAACAGCUACUACUAGCACACAGUCGCAAAAUCACCCUACACCUGCCGCCUCGUCCUCUUCGUCGUCGAAACCAUCAGCUAGUAACCCGCAGAAUUCUAAGCGAAGGAGAGGUCUGGGCGUCGUCACGCCCAAUGCGUGCACAGAAUGUCGCAAGAAGAGAGCAAAGUGCGAUGGCCAACGGCCAUGUGGGCGCUGCAAAGCCCAAAAGGACAUCGAGUGUGUCUACGAGAUCCCCGUACGCCAAUCUAAAGAGAACCUCCGAACAGAAAUUGAGAGCCUCCGUGUUCGUCAGCGGUCCAGCGAUCAAGUAUUUGCUGCUCUUGUCAGACCAGAUCUAUGGGAAGAGGUGCUACGGAGGCUCCGGGGAGGCCAGUCUGUGGAAAAUAUAUCCGACUGGCUGGGCACUGCGUUGUCGUCCGAUGUCAAUGCUGAUCCUAGAAUGGGUUCAGUGUCUGGUUUCGGCCCUGGGUCUUCUCGCGGCAUAGGCCAGCUCUCUCUCGGGGCUGACACCGGGACAGCUCAACAACCCAGUUUGCGAGGCGAGGGCCAACAACACAGCCCAUGGACAGUGAGCCAAGAAGGCUCAACAAGGAGCAACUCGUACCCGGAUGUCAUGAACUGGACUUCAGAUACCAUGUCCCGGCCGCCGCAGACGAGAGUAGGUUCAUGGGCGGAGAGCAUGCCUCCAGACCACAUGUCCGACACUAGUAUGCCGAGAUACCGGGGCCUCGAGCAAGUCCUGUCGCACUUGAGUGAAGCGGAAUGGAAAACGCCACCUCACUCAUGGACAGGCAUCACCAACGACCUUAACCUCGUGCAACACCUGCUGGCACUGUACUUUUGCUGGGAGUAUCCCACGUUUGCGUCGUUGAGUAAAGAACAUUUCUUGCAGGAUUUUCAGGAUGGACGGCAUCGAUACUGCUCCCCGAUUCUCGUAAACGCUCUCAUGGCUCUGGGAUGUCGCUUCUCAACCCAUCCCAUGACGCGGGCGAACCCCAACGACCCCUAUUCUUCAGGAGAUCACUUCUUCAAGGAGUCUCAGAGACUGUUCAAUCAAGAAACCGAUCACCACACUCUGACCACCAUUCAAGCCCUUGGGAUAAUGUCCAUUCGAGAAGCCAGCUGCGGACGGGACUCGGAAAGUUGGUAUUAUGCUGGACAGAGCAUAAGAUUGGCUGUUGAAAUGGGGUUGCAUCGCAUUCAGGACGGUUUGGACGAGGAUGAGCUGGCGGUCCAAGCUGCGACAUUUUGGGGUGCCUUUGCACUUGACCAUGCCUGGUCGUUGGCAACGGGAUCAUUACCGCAAUGCUCCUGUUUCCCUCACCUUCCACCAAAGCCUGGUAUCAUUGGCAACAUUGAGGCGUCCUUAUGGGUCCCGUAUACAGAUGAUGGAGCGCCACUGCAAAGAUCAUGUGAACAGCCGUCCAAUGUACGGUCUGUAUACAAGUGCUUUUGCGAGUUGAGCGAGCUGGUGCACCAGUCACUUUACAUCCUCCAUUCGCCGGGAAAGCCGUUGACGGCCAGAGAAUUGUUGAAGAUUUACACGCAAUAUCUGAAUUGGUAUGAUAGGAUACCAGAGGUAUUGCGGUUGGGUCACAAUUUUACUCCGGCCGUGUUAUUUGCGCACAUGUACUACCAUUUUGCGAUUCUUCUCCUCUUCCGCCCGCUUAUUAAACUGCGCAUCAUUGGGUCAAAGAUCCUGCCCAAGGAUGUAUGCUCCCAGGCGGCCGAUGCCAUCCAAGGCCUCCUCACGUCCUACUCGCAGCUGUAUACCCUUCGUCGAACACCGUCGUUUGUACCGUAUUUCGUUCUUACUGCGUCAAUAAUGCACCUGGCUAUCGGUGCCUCGGACGCACUCAACGUCAACCCGGGCAAAGUAACGCCUGCGGAUAUCAAAAAGGCAGUCAGAGUUGAUUCACGGGUCCAAGAGGCACUAAAGAGGGGCAUCGCCGAUCUGACAGAGAUGGCCCCUUGUCAUCACUUUGCGGAACAAGCACUCAACAUUCUGCGAUAUCUCGCCAAGAAGUGGAAUAUUGAAGUUGACUUUGAAAAUAAUAACUUGACACCAGAAGAUUACGAUCGGCUGGUGCGCCCAUACACGAGUAGUUUGAACUUUUUCGCUCCCAAUGUCGGGGUAGAGGAUUUUAUCUGUGAUUGGGGCUCAGGCAAUCGACUCGUGGGAAAUGAGCAGAAUAGACAGGUUGAAAAGGCGGCGGAAAGCAUACAGAACCCAUUAUUUUGGCCAUUCCCGAUGCAGGGACGGCCGAUCUUACCGACUGGAAAGGAAUUAGAACAGGCGGGAUUUGCCUUGCUGGCUCCGAACAGGGACUAA